AUGCUGGACAUGCUUGAGUACAGUCAUUACCAGGUGCAGACUCAUCUGGAGAACCCCAAUGAGUUUCACCUCCAGCAGAGUCCACGGCAGCAGGUGAAACAUUAUCUGUCCGGCACACUUGGGGCCAAGAUCAGCCCUCCAUUAAGCAUCCAGCACCCGGAGCACGGCAUGCCCCCCGGCCCCGGAGCCAGUACCCCUAACAGCCCUAUGGCACUGCUCACCCUCAGCAACAACUGUGAGAAAGAGAUGGAUGAUGUAAUUGAGGACAUUAUCAGUUUGGAGUCAAGUUAUAAUGAUGACAUCCUUGGUUUGAUGGAUGCGGGAAUUCAAAUACCAAAUACGAUCCCAGUGACAGCAAAUCUCCUUGACAUCUACAGUAAUCAUGCACUUCCUCCAGCUGGAGUCACCAUUGGGAAUUCCUGCCCAUCUAGUUUACCCAACGUCAAAAGGGAAUUCUCAGUGACUCCAGCUCCUGACAUGAUGCACGUGGACCAACCUGGACCAUGUGGAAAGUUUGACUCUUAUCAGAGGCCCGAAGGCCUUCCAGUAGAAGCAGAAGUUAGAGCUUUGGCAAAAGAGAGACAAAAAAAGGACAACCAUAACCUAAUUGAACGACGACGACGCUUUAACAUUAAUGACAGAAUUAAAGAACUUGGGACAUUAAUUCCCAAAUCAAAUGAUCCAGACAUGAGGUGGAAUAAAGGAACUAUUUUGAAGGCUUCAGUGGAUUACAUAAGAAAGCUACAAAGAGAGCAGCAGAGAGCAAAAGAGCUGGAGAGCAGGCAGAAGAGACUGGAACACACCAACCGACACCUCUUACUUCGCAUUCAGGAGCUGGAGAUGCAAGCUCGUGCUCAUGGCCUGGCUGUAGGAGGUUCCUCGUCAUUCUGCUCCAGUGAGGUCAUCGCCUGCACCAUAAAGGAAGAACCUAUCAGCUACACCAGUUGCUCAUCUGAGCUGUACACUCAUCCACACCCCCACAGCCCGGAUCAUUCUCGGCCCACCACUCUGGACCUCAACAAUGGUACCAUUAGCUACAGUGACAGCACAACAGAUGAAACAGAUGCAGAGCUCUACACAAGCCACAAAGAUCACUCAGCCAAGCUAGACGACAGGUUUCUGGACAACACAAUGUCACCAGUGGGCACCGCUAAGCUACUGCUCUCCUCAGGUUCCCCCACACACUCCAAUGACAGCAGCAGAAGCAGCACAAGCACAGAGGAGCAAGACAAAACCUGUUAG